CAAAAACCAGAAGAACACUGUUGCUCUUAGCGGAUGGAGCCAGAGGAGUUACAAGUUAAACCUUGAUUGCCUGGAUCUGUGAGAAUUCAGCAUGGAAUGUCUCUACUGUUGCCUGGGAUUUCUGCUUCUGGCUGCAAGACUGCCACUUGAUGCUGCCAAACGUGUUCAUGAUGUGCUGAGCAAUGAAAGACCUUCUGGUUAUAUGCAGGAGCACAAGCAAUUAAAUGGCUGGUCAUCAGAUGAAAAUGACUGGAAUGAAAAACUCUAUCCAGUGUGGAAGAGGGGAGACUCGAGGUGGAAAAACUCUUGGAAAGGAGGCCGUGUGCAGGCACUUCUGACCAGUGAUGCACCAGCACUGGUGGGCUCAACUAUAACAUUUGCAGUGAACCUGGUAUUCUCCAGAUGCCAACAGGAAGAUGCCAGUGGCAACAUAGUCUAUGAGAAGAACUGCAGAAAUGAUACUGGUCCAUCUCCUGACCCGUAUGUUUACAACUGGACGGCAUGGACAGAGGACAGUGACUGGGGAAAUGGCACCAGACACGGCCAUCACGGGAAGCCUUUCCCGCACCCCCCGAAAUGGAAUUUCGUCUAUGUGUUCCACACACUGGGUCAGUAUUUCCGGAAACUGGGACAGUGUUCAGUGAGAGUUUCUAUAAACACAGCCAAUGUGACUCUUGGCCCUCAAAUCAUGGAAGUAACUGUCUAUAGAAGACAGCGACGGGCAUACGUUCCCAUAGCAAAAGUGAAAGAUGUGUAUGUGGUAACAGAUCAGAUUCCUGUAUUUGUGACUAUGUCCCAGAAGAACAAUCGAAAUUCAUCUGAUGAAACCUUCCUCAAGGACCUCCCCAUUACGUUUGAUGUCCUGAUUCAUGAUCCCAGCCACUUCCUCAAUGAGUCUGCCAUUUUCUACAAGUGGAACUUUGGGGAUAAUACUGGUCUGUUUGUUUCCAACAAUCACACUUUGAACCACACCUAUGUUCUCAAUGGAACCUUCAGCCUCAACCUCACUGUGCAAGCUACAGUGCCUGGACCUUGUCCUUCACCUUCACCCAGACCUCCAAAAACCACCCCUUCUUUGGACUCUCCAGUACCUGCUGGUGACAAUGCCCUGGAGCCGAGGGAGAUUCCUGAUAAAAACUGCUAUAUUAACAGAUACGGCUACUUUAAAGCCACCAUCACAAUUGUAGAGGGAAUUCUAGAGGUUAACAUCAUCCAGGUGACAGCUGUCCUGAUGCCCGUGCCACAGCCUGACAACCCCCUGGUGGAUUUCAUCGUGACCUGCCAAGGGAGCAUCCCCACAGAGGUCUGUACCGUCGUCUCCGACCCCACCUGCCAGGUCACCCAGAACACAAUCUGCGACCCUGUGGACAUGGACCUGGGUGACAUGUGCUUGCUGACAGUGAGAAGAGCCUUUGGUGGGUCUGGGACAUACUGUAUGAACCUCACUCUGGGUGAUGAUGCAAGCCUGGCCCUUACAAGCACCCUCGUCUCUAUUCCUGGAAGAGACCCAGCCUCCCUUUUAAGAAUGGCAAAUGGUACCCUGGUCUUCGUUGGCUGCAUGGCCAUAUUUGUCACUGUGAUCGCCCUUUUGGUGUACAAAAAACACAAGGAAUACAAACCAAUAGAAAACAGCACUGGGAUCGUGGUCAGAGGCAAAGGCCUGAAUGUUUUCCUCAAUUGUGCAAAGACGUUCUUCCCCGGAUACCAGGAAAAAGAUCCACUGCUCAAGAACCAACUGGGAAUUCUUUAAGUCUUCUGCCUUACUUCUGACCAAUAGCUCACUCUUCAGCGCCAUUUAUGUCAGCUAUGCUAGAGUGGAUGACGAUUAACUUUUUAAAAAGGUGAUUGUAAAAUAUAUAUUGUGGUUUAGGGAGGUCCAAUUUUUAUUAUAGGUUAAAUGACAUUUUAGAGAGGUGGAGGGGAAUUAAACUACACACAGCCUCACCCAUGUUAUAUUAACUGAUAAAACCAGUUAGCAGCACUUUCUUUCGUGACGGUUUAUGUUUCACUUAUAAUGUCUUAGGUGAUUAGUAGGAUAAAUACACUGUAUCCAGAGUAGCAGAGGAAGGUACUUUCGUUAGAGUCUGACCUAGGUUAACUGGAAGGAGAGGCUGGAUGUGUUCUAGCUUUCCAUAUGACCAUAUGCAUAAAACCAGUGUAUUCCUGUUCUGAAGGUCAUGUUCCAAGCUACCUGAAUCCUAUGUCAAUGAACAUGCAUGACCUCCCAACAGAACACUAACAGGUAAGCCUUUAGUAGGCUGUGCAUGCUUGUUAUACUAAAAGAAAAAAUACUAAUCUAAUAAAUGAUUGUGAAUAUGUUUGUGACCACCUGCCGAGCCCAAAUGUGUAAAGGAACGGUACUCAUUCAUUCAUUUUUCCCAUGGACAUUUAUGUAGCACUUUCUGUAUACCAGGCAUGUUGCUAAGUACAUGGCCCUGUACUCAGAGUGUUGACAUUCUUGUGGAUAUAUCUGAAUUUCUGUACACUCUGGCACCAUAGUUGAAAAUUAGAGUUGAAAUUAUAUAUUACGAUUUUCCAAAGAAGGAGGCCCCUGGUUUUCCUACUGGUUUCUCUAUUCAAAUGAUACAGAAACUUAAUCACCAAGGAUUUUACUUUCAUUUGUAACUGAAGCUAC